AGAACGUAUGAAGAAGAGGUACGCUGGCCACCUCCUUUUACUCCGUAGUAAACACCAAUGGCUACAGACGCCCGAAGCAUCACCCCACAGACGAUGUAUUCUGCUGGUUGAAAAUAAACUAGAGAACCAAAGACUCCUUCCAUAUUGUGCAUCAACUGCAAAGCAAAAACAAGACAUUCUGCGAUGGCACAAUGACUUCCGUAACAAUGUGACUCCAAAGGCUGCCAACAUGGUGAAGCUGGCAUGGGGUGACGAUCUGGCUCGUAAAGCUCAGGACUGGGCUGACACCUGCAUUGACGGGCACAACAGUGUCAAGUCCAACCGUCGUUGGCAGUGGAUUGGAGAGAAUAUGGCUUUCAGCUCGGACACUGACCUGCGAGAGAUGGUUAAGGGCUGGGAGGGAGAAAGGAAAGUUUAUGACUACUGGAGUAACACUUGCCGACCAGCACCUGGAGAUCCAAUGUUGUCGUCAUGUGGCCAUUAUACACAGAUGGUUUGGGCCAACACCAAGUUCAUCGGUUGUGGGUUCAAGAAAGGGUGCCCAGGAAGAUUUCCUAAUCGCCUAGUGUGCAACUAUGGAGAGGGAGGCAAUUGGAUUGGCGAGAAGCCGUACGAGAGCGGUGGUAAAUGCAGCCAGUGUCCCCCUGGAUAUGGCCGUUGUAACAGGAAAUUAUGUCUUCGUGGAUAAGUAAGUGGACUCUUCUCCAGCAAGGGGGCAUUGUGGGAGAAUGAUCCAAAAGCGGCACCAGGAUUCAAAACUAUCGUUUCCUUGGCUUACAAUAAACACCCAUGUUGAUCUGUAUUAAGAAUCUACACCCAUUUUAUUUUCCCAGGCCUCGAACACUGGAGAUUGCAGAUACAUGAACGAUACUAUCUUGUUGAAGAAUCCAUAGUUGCUAUCUGCAGAUGUUAUCAAUUAAGACUGACUUUUGAAUUCGUUGACUUUUAGACAAAAUCGCUUAAAAAUUAUAAAUAUUUCCUCCAAGACUUUCUAAAGACAAUUUAGAACAGACCUCCGCCAUGUAGAUUAACUCUCUAUUUAUAUUGAUUGUUUACGCAAUGAACAAUAAUCAUACCUGUCUAAACAGGAUAGGAUAUUUCAGAAAAAAUCUCUCAGAGAAUAAUUUAUAAAUAGUUGGACAUUUGAAAUAAAUAGCUAAAACUAUUCAGGCCAAAUAUGAUAUAAAGGUUCCUUUAUUUCAUUUAGAGUAAACUCAGUGUAGGCAAGGCCUAGAAGUUAUUUUUUAAAGUCAAAUGAUCUUGUGGACAUAAAUUCUCAGUUGAUUCUAAAAGUA